CACAAUUAAAAAACAAAUAAAUCCAAAUCAGAAAGUGUAUUUGUCUCUAAAUUUGUUGGAAACCAUGUUUCGACCCUCCAAGAAAGACCAAGAGGCGAAGACGACAUUGUUAUGGGACAUUGAAGAUCGCCCGAGACCAGAUCAUAUCCAAUUUGGUGAUAUUCCUACACACUUUAUGACGCUCUUGAAGGAAUCUGUUAGUUUUCAUGGUCCACUCUCUAUUAGUGCUUAUGGUGAUGCGCAAAGGCUCAUAGGUAACCCAAGACCAAACGGAAUAGAGUUCAAUCAAGUACCCUCAGGAGAUAGAGAUGGGAGACUUCAUAAGAUUUUGGUGGAUUCUCUAUUAUGGGUGAUUGAUAAUCUUGAUCAACCAUCAAAUUUGGUGCUUGUGGUGGGAAAUAUCGCGGAAGACUCGGAUUUUGUCAAGUCUCUCACGACUUUGAAAAAGAAAAAUUGCCUAGUUGUUUCACAGACUGCUAACACAAAACUAAUUCAACGUGAUGCCUGGAAAACCGUACUUGGGAGAGAAUCGCGUAUGGCUAAUAACUUUAUUGUUAAGAGUGGACGACCCAAGGCUAGUAGCCCAUCUCUUGCUUCAACGAGUAGCUCAUCUCUUGCUUCUGACUCUUUAGAAGAUAUGGUAACAUUAGCAUAUUUUGGUACUCUCUUCGAGAACAAGCGAGCGGAGGAGUACCGAACAAACAUGUGGGUGAAAAAAUGUGAAAGGGAGGCUUGUGGUACACACACGAAGUUUGAUCUAAGUUCGAUUUCCAAGUUUUGGAGUAGUCUUAUUACUCCGACAGAAUCUUCCUCUUCACAUAAGGAUGCUUUAGAUUCUUGUCUUAAUCGUGCCAAGCAAUUUGCUUCCGAUUGCAAGAAAUCCAUGACUAUUGUUAUGUGGGAUUGGGAAAACUGCAACGUUCCAGCCUAUUGCGACCCGGAAGAACUUCUUGGAAAUAUCAAAACCGCGCUGUGUAACUUAGGAUACACGGGGGAUAUCGUUAUGCGGGGAUACGGCGAUGACAAGGUUUUGAAGGAUGGUUAUUUCGACAAACUUGCUCUUAGCGGUAUCAGAAUGACUCACGUACCUCCGGGGAAAGAUGCGAGUGACAAGCGCCUCCUAAAUUCCAUCUACUUUUGGGGGUUUGACAAUCCAGCCCCUUGUAACAUACUUUUUAUUACCUCGGAUGGCAAUUUCGCGACGGCCACUAUCCAAUUCAAGGCAGCUGGUUAUAAUACUAUGAUUGCUCAUCUGAACAAGAGGCAGACUAGAUCCAAAAACUCACACCAUCUAGGAAGAUGAUACAGGAGUCAUCGACGGCAUGGAUUUGGGCCAUUUGGCGUCUGCUAGCUUUUGGACGACGUCCAUACAAGUGGGCUAAGUAGCUCUAUACUUAAUACUUCGGAAAAAUAAAUAUAAAAAAUGUCUGUUUUA